CACACACCGCCCAAGCCCGGACGGUGGCCGCGGAGCUAGGGCCACCAUGGAGGACUGCAGGCUGCGGCUCCGGCCGGGGACGUUGGCCCCGGUGCGCGAGGGCGUGAACCGCAGAUGUUUCACAAAGCACAAGAACGGGCUGAAGUUCCCCACCUCUCUGCACAGCCGGCAGUUGGUAUUUCUAAGAAAGGGGCUGGACGACUUCAGGAAGGGCUGCCCGCCUUGCACUGGUCUGGUGACUCAGGUCCCUGUGGAGGGUUUUCUGCCCCAGAUUUAUCACAGAGCUCCCCAACUGGCCCCAAAGAAGAGGAAGAUCAAGCUGCUCAAGGAAGCAGACCUGCUUUCCAAGCUCUCGCCAGCCCAGCAGGCUCGGAAGGCAUUCAUGGAGGACUUGGAGGCCCACCUGACCCCACAUCCCUUGGCGCUCUACCCGAAUCUGGAAGAAGCUAUGCCCAUAGAGCUCUUAUUAAAGGUGCUGGAAGUGCUCGAUCCUGACCGGAAGCUGGAGGACACAUGGGCUUAUUGUCAGGACACCAGGAAAGGAAUGAAGGAACCCACAAAGCUUUUUAAAAAAUGUUCUACCCAAGUCUACCUGGGACCUUCCAAGAAGACUUCUGUGUCAAAUGCAGGCCAGUGGCUUUAUGAAGAAAAGCCACAUAAAAUGGAUUUGCUCCAUGAAAAUGGUCCUUGUCCUGGUCUUCAUGAAAAUGUAUACAAAGCAGUUCAUGACUUCUGCAACUGGCUUACUACUUUUGGAAUUUCGGACAUUGAUGAAGAGUUCAUCUUGAAACAGUUUGACAUUGACUAUGAGACCAAACCAAGCCACGAUGCGCUCCACACGAUGAAGCUAAAUCAGGUUCCUCUGGAGCUAAAGCGUAGUGUGGGGCUCAGUAAACUGCAGGAGCCAGAGUUCUUCCAGAAACUAGGCUAUGAGAGGAAACUACAGAAACCACAGAAUCCUUAUAAGCCAAAGUGGGUGAAGAUGAGGUAUGGAGCAUGGUAUUUGAACCCCAAGUUGUGGAAAAAGCAAAGAGCAGAUGAGCCUCUGGUUGACCCUGAGGUCUCACAUAAAGCUCAAGAGGAGAAUUUUAAAAAGGAGCUGCAGGAACAGGUAUGUAUUUAUACUGAGAUUUGAUCUUCUGAGCUUAAGGUGAUCACAGUGCAUCUGCCACCCUCAUACUGAACCAGACUCUGUGGUGUAAUACAAAGGCUCCUGAAAGCCCUCCACCUUGCAUAUUGAAUUCAGCAAGGAGAAAGCUAAGUAAUGUUAUGGAGAAUGUGUAAUAAGCAAAACUUGGAAUCUCCUGGCUUUGUGGUAGACAUGACAUCUCUAAAGAUUGGACAGCUACUCAUGCUAUUCCACCAUUCUUGGAACAAUUUAUUCCAAGGAUAAUUGUUCAAAGGGUGGUGUGACUUGGUAGGACCACCUCAGUGCCCAGAAUAGAUGUGAUGUCAUGAGUUAUCUUUGGGUAACAAAAUGUGAAGCUUGUUUCCUGUCAGCUAUGGGUGAAUGUCAAAAAAUUCAAAAUUUCAACCAGGAAAUUUGUUUCAGGCAAUUCAUUCGAGUUGCAGGAUCUGUCUGAGAGGAAAGGGACAAAGGUUAA